UUAAAAAACACAACACAAAAUCCUUGACAAAAAGCAAAAUACAUAAACGUAUACAAUGUCAACCGCAAUUGUCCCAGCUGGAAAUCCGCAGCUCCUCCGCCACGACCGCCGGUCAAUGUUUUCCGACGACGUGGAACUGAGGAAGCAAAUUCAGGCAACUCAUGCUUACGUUGAGCGUACCAUAGACACAGAAUCAAUUAUUGUCAUAGUUAAGGAUAUCUUCAAUGUUGUUACCCCUGGAAUUCACAAUGGUUCGACGACUCGCACUGGAAUCCGCGAUGAAACGGCCGCACUGACCAGCUCUGAUUGCGUCGACGAUGCACUAGCCUUUCUGUUGAACAAGAUCUCUAUUGAGUUGUCCUGCAAGUGCUCGGGCGGAGGCGACAACCAUACUCUGGCAUUGGAGAUUCUGAACGCUCUGUCGAGCUACACUUGGGAGGCGAAAGCUGUGGUGGUCCUAGCCGCAUUCGCAGUCAGUUACGGCCAGUUCUGGCUGGUCGCGAACCACUUCACGACAGAGCCGCUGGCCAAAUCGCUGGCAAUGCUGAAGCUUGUUCCGGAUAUAGUUGAUACGAUGAAGUCAAGAUUGGAGCCCAUCAACACCCUAGUUAAGGUGUCGCUGGAGCUAACGAAAUGCGUGGGUGAGUUUCGUCGUCUGCCUUCGAAAUACAUAUCGAAUGAAGCAGAGCCGAUGGUAGCGGGCGCGAGUCACGCUCCAGUUGCUGUGUAUUGGAUUGUCAGAAGCCUCAUUGCCUGUGCCUCUCAGAUUCUUGGCCUCACUCAAAUCCAUAGUUCGCAUGGAGAGACAUGGGAGCUCUCAAGCUUAUCACACAAGUUGGCCUUCAUACUAGACACUCUCAAUACACAACUCCAACUCUGCCAUCGACACAUAGAUGAGAAGAAACACACUGAAUACUACGAAACAAUCGGGCAUCUAUUUGGGACGACGCCCCACAUCGACAACCAGAGGAUACUGAACAAGAUUCUCCAUUUGAAGGAUGAUUCCCUCCCUCUUGCAAUAGCCAACAAAAGGACAACAAAGGUAGGAGUGGAAAUUCUGAGAGGAAAGACAGUGUUGUUGCUGAUAUCGGACGAUGAAAUCUCCCAAGACGAGCUUCUCAUACUCGGGCACAUGUACAGAGAUUCAAGAACGAAGCAAGAGUUUGAGUACGAAAUAGUGUGGCUACCCAUGUUGGGAGAACAUCAUAAGCUAGAGCUGCUGUUUCCGCGGAUGCCAUGGUACGCCUUGCACGACCCGGCCUUGGUAGAACCGGCUGUGGCUAGGUACAUUAAGGAGGUGUGGCGCUUCACCAAGAAGCCGAUGCUCGUGGCAUUGGACCCGCAGGGCAGGAUGGUUUGCCCUAACGCGAUUCAUAUGGUGUGGAUUUGGGGUAAUAUGGCCUAUCCUUUCACUAACAAACGUGAAUUGGACUUGUGGAAUCAUGAGGAGUGGAGGCUGCAGCUUGUUGUCAAUGGCAUUGAUCCAACUCUAUUGGAUUGGAUUCGUGGAGAAAAGGUCAUAUGUUUGUAUGGUGGCGAAAAUUAUGAGUGGAUCCGGGAGUUCAUCAAGACAGCAAGAGAGGUUGAAGUUGCUGCUGGGAUCAAGCUAGAGAUGGUGCACAUUGGUAGGGCUAAGAGCAGCGAGGAGCGUUUUAGAAAGCUCAAUGACAUUGUGGCUGGCCGGAGUGAAGUAUGGGACGAUCCGACAUCCAAUUGGUACUUUUGGAAAAGGCUCGAAAGCAUGAUGUACUCAAAGAUUCACCAUGGCGCCAAAGUUGUAAAAGAGGAGGCAACAGGAUCAACUGACAAUCCUGUUGCUGGCGACCACAUCCUUGGUGAAGUGCUCACCCUGCUCACAUUUGGUGGUAGUGAGCAGGGUUGGGCACUGUUCAGCCAAGGGGCAGGAUUGGGGACCGGGCAGAUGGCUCGGGCUAAAGAUGACCAGAUGCUCAAAGCCCUAGUUGAAUUUGGGAAAUGGGCCGAAUUAGCUAGACAGCCCAAAAACUUUGUGCCGGCGCUCAAUGAUUAUCUGACUGGCCUUCACACGGUGGAGCACUGCAACCGGCUUAUUUUGCCGGGGGUCGAUGACAUCCCAGAGAUGGUCGUCUGCACAGAGUGUCACCGAAACAUGGAGAAGUACUACAUGUAUCGUUGUUGCACAGAUUGAAAGUGCGAUUUCAAUUGAAUUUGUUGCUUUGUUGGUAGCAUGAUGCAUGGGAAUAAGCAUAUAGUAUUCUAGUAUGUUUGAUUUCACAAAUAGUUUGUGUGGGGUUUGUUUUUUUAAGAUUGUGGUGAUAAAGACUGGUGAGAGAGUUAUGUAUCAGUAAAGUUGAUUGAUUUAAA